AUGUCAUCAUUACCGAGUAAACCACUGUCUAGCACGGAGGCUGCUAUAGCAUCUAGGACUCAAAGAGGACAAGUCAAGACAUUAAAAGCAACAAUCUUAGACCUUAAUAAAGAAGUGUCGGAUCUGAAACAAAAAUUGGAAAUUAGCGAAAAUAAGAACAAAUAUUUACUCGAAAGUAGCAAGAAAGCCGAGCAGUAUUUAAAUAAUUAUAUUAAAGUAGCGGAAGCAGCCUUAGCUGCUAAAGACAUUAUAAUUUCUGAUAUUGUUAAAA